AUGGCUACUCGACAGCGUACUUCGACCACUGUUGUGGUUGAGAAGCCUUCUGCCAAGGUGACUCUGGAGCCUCAGCAGCAGCAGCCUCAAUUCCCCGAUAUCAAGACCAUCAAGGAUGCCAUCCCCGCCCACUGCUUCCAGCCCUCGCUCUUCACCUCCUUCUACUAUGUCUUCCGCGACUUUGCCAUGGUGGCCACCCUCGUCUGGGCUGCCCUGACCUACAUUCCCGCCAUCUCUGACCAGAGGCUGCGCGUCGCCGCCUGGAUGGUCUACGGCUUUGUUCAGGGCCUCGUGUGCACUGGUGUCUGGAUCCUGGGCCACGAGUGCGGCCACGGUGCCUUCUCUACUCACGGCAAGCUCAACAACGUCGUCGGAUGGUUCCUCCACUCGUUCCUCCUGGUGCCCUACUUCUCGUGGAAGUACUCUCACCACCGCCACCACCGCUUCACCGGCCACAUGGACCUCGACAUGGCCUUUGUGCCCGCCACCCAGCCCAAGAAGCACAGCAUCUUUGCCGGCAUCGACCUGAACGAGCUGUUUGAGGACACCCCCAUCGCCCAGCUCAUCAGGAUCGUCUUCCACCAGCUCUUCGGCUGGCAGGUGUACCUCCUGUUCAACGCCAGCGCUGGUAAGGGCAGCAAGCAGUGGGAGCCCAAGGGUCUGGCCAAGUGGUUCCGCGUCAGCCACUUUGAGCCCACCAGCGCCGUGUUCCGCCCCAACGAGGCUAUCUUCAUCUUCAUCUCGGACCUCGGCCUGGCCAUCACCUUCACUGCCCUGUACUUUGCCUCCAAGGCUGUCGGAACUUCGACUGUUCUGUUCCUCUACGCCGUCCCCUACUUCUGGGUGCACCACUGGCUGGUCGCCAUCACCUACCUCCACCACCACCACACCGAGGUCCCUCACUACACCAACGAGGGCUGGACCUAUGUCAAGGGCGCUCUCGCUACCGUUGACCGUGAGUUUGGCUUCAUUGGCAAGCACUUGUUCCACGGAAUCAUUGAGAAGCACGUCGUCCACCACCUUUUCCCCCGCAUCCCUUUCUACAAGGCCGACGAGGCCACCGAGGCCAUCAAGCCUCUCCUGGGCGACCUCUACUACCACGACGAGCGCAACUUCCUCGGCCAGCUCUGGUCCGUCUUUGGCACGCUCAAGUACGUCGAGCACGACCCCACCAACCAGGGUGCCAUGCGAUGGGCCAAGGAGUAG